CGGGCCGGUGCCCGCCCCGUCGCGGUGCCGUGGGGCCGGCCACGCGCGCAGGUAGGGCGGGGCGGGGUCCGGCCCGAGCGCCCGCUGUGGCAGCGUCCCCCUCAGCGGGUCCCCGCGGUGCCGCCUCGUGCCGGUCGCCGGCAUCUUGGGGCUCGGCGGGGGGGCUCGCCCCCGCGGCUCCUGACGAGACUGGAUCCCGUCAACUGUGCUGCUCCCUUCCUCGGCUGCGCCGUAAGAAGCGCCGGUUAUCCUGAGGCCCUAGUCCUGCAAAGACUUCUGUCCAUGAUCAUCUCUACCCUGGGUUGGCUUCCAGCAUCAGAGGAAGAAGAUUACAGUAUUUUGGCUGGAGUCCUCUGUUUCAGGACUUCACUUCGUUCUUCAUAACUUGGAGGGAUAUGAAGCCAAUUGGAAAAGUGCUUUGUGCUACAGGGAUCAUAGCUGGGCUCCUAGCUUUCUUCUGGAAAGACCCGUUUAGCCCAGAGAGCUUGUUUGGUGUCCGUGUUCUCCUGACUGGAGCCAGUGCUGGGAUUGGAGAGCAGAUGGCAUAUCAUUAUGCCAGAUUUGGUGCUGAGGUUGUUUUGACUGCCAGGAGGGAAGCUGUGCUGCAGAAGGUGGUAGAGAAAUGCCUGACACUGGGAGCAAAGAAAAUAUUUUAUAUCCCUGCAGAUAUGUCUUCCCCUUCGGAGCCUGAAAAGGUGGUUCAGUUUGCUGUCCAAAAGCUGGGGGGACUGGAUUAUGUGGUGUUGAACCACAUUGGUGUCACUCGUUUUCAGAUGUGGUCUGGAGAUACGGCAUACACCCGCUGGCUCAUGCAGGUGAAUUUCUUCAGUUAUGUGACACUUGCAACAGCAGCUCUUCCCACCCUGGAGAAGAAUAAAGGCUCUCUGGUGGUUGUUUCUUCCCUCACAGGGAAAAUACCCACUCCCUUCACCACUUCAUAUUCCGCCACCAAGUUUGCACUGGAUGGAUUCUUCAGCUCACUGCGCCAUGAACUCAUCAUGCAGAAGAGAACCGUCUCUGUCACACUGUGCAUCCUGGGCUUGAUUGAUACUGAUACAGCAUUAGAGAAUACCAGGGGCAAAGUGUACCUAACUGCUUCUCCUGCUCCUGAAGCUGCACUUGCCAUUAUCCAAGGGGGUGCCAUGCGGCUGCAGGAGGUUUUCUACCCAUGGUGGCUACAGCACGUGUGCCGUCUCUGGGUUUUGUUCCCCUAUAACCGGGACCAGGUUUUACAGAGUUACUACAACUACAGCAGUCCUUGAGGGAUGCCUAGUUGCAGUCUUCUCUCCCAUCCCAUGUCCUUUUUAAUCACAUUCCCCUGUCCCACUAAGCAUCCCAUUCAACCAUUGGUGUCAAGCAGGAGCAAGGUAGCGGUGGUAGCAAAGUAACCUGAGCUCUUUUCAUAAGACUCUUUUUGGUCUUCCUCUCAUCCUGCUUCAGCCACAGUUCUCAUAUUUCUACCCAUCAGUCAGACCUUUCCCACUGUUCACUCUGUCUUAGCCCUCUUCCCAUCUCUCCGCCUUCAGCCUCAUCUGUCUGCUUUUACUGCCUCCAGUCUUCUCUCAGUCCCGGCUUUAACCUCUAUCUGUCCAGGAUGUCCUGAAAUGUCUGACCAUUUCUGGGACAUCCUGCUCCACUGCUUCAUUGUUUUGUGGAUUCUGUGAACCUUCUUGCUUCCUAUACAUAGAAUUUUAAUCUCUAUUAAACUUUUUUUUUUUCUAAA